CUCAGCAAUGGGCUACUUUUGCCAGAGCCUGGUAUCUCCUCGAUGCGAAGAUGCAGCCACCAGGAAAAAUAGCAGCUGCGACCGUAAUCAGACUUGAAGGCAGGCAUAAACCUAUUUAUCAUGCACUAAGUGACUGCGGAGAUCAUGUUGUCAUAAUAAAUACAAGACAUAUUGCCUUCUCUGGUAACAAAUGGGAACAGAAAGUAUAUUCUUCACAUACUGGCUAUCCUGGUGGUUUCAAACAAGUGACAGCAACUCAGCUACAUUUGAAGGAUCCAACUGCU